UUUUAAACAACGUUUAUUUAACAUAAGUCCACGUGACAAGUGUCACAUGACUUUUCUUUGAUUGAAGUAGGUUAUCAAUCAUGGAAUCUCAAUGAAUCAAAUGAAAGAAACAAUGAGUGUUUUCAAGGAGGUGUUUGAGAUGCCUAAUGAGUACAAGCAAAACAUGUAUGCUAAUGAUGAUUUGAAGACAUGUAGGAAGUUUACUAGCAGUCUUAGAUAUGAAACUGAAAAGGUUCAUUUAUGGAGGGAUAGUCUUAGACACCCAUCUCAUCCUUUGGACCAGUGGCAACACUUAUGGCCUGAAAAUCCAAUUACAUACAGGUAAAGAAAAAUAAACAAAUGGUGUGUAAAAUAAAUAAAAAGACUAAAAAAAAAAAAAGGCUCAAUAUUCUCAUUUUGCCAAUGAUAAGAAUUUGAUUGCAUAAGUCCUUCCAUUGUAUUCAAUCCAUUAAUAUUGUCACUCUUAAUUUGCAUAUGUAGUUAAAAAUUAUAAUUGAUCGGUAUGCUUUCUUGCAGAGAGUGUGUUGGAGAUUUUUCGGUUAAAAUUAAGGAGUUGGGUUGGAGGAUCAUGGAUUUGAUUAGUGAAGGGCUUGGUCUGCAGCGUGGAUAUUUUGACAACGAUCUUACCGGAUCAUUGAUUACCUCAAUUAAUCAUUAUCCACCGUGCCCUUAACCAAGUUUGACAUUAGGUUUAUCCAAACACAAAGAUCCUUACCUCAUCACCAUUUUAAUGCAAGAUGAUGUAAGUGGUCUUCAAGUAUUAAAGGAUGGAAAGUGGAUCACGGUUGAGCCUCUUCCUGGUGCAUUUGUCGUCAACAUAGGACAUCUAUUGGAGAUAAUUAGUAAAGGUAAGUUAAAAAGUGCUGAGCAUCGAGCUGUUACCAAUUCAAGUCAUACUCGCACAUCUGCUGCCUUUUUCAUAGCUCCAUUAGAUGAUUGUCUCAUAGAGCCAGCAGAAGAUCUCACUGAUGAGAACAACCAACCUAUUUUAAAGUCUUUUAAAUACAAGGAGUUCCUCAAGCAAUUCUUUAACACACUUGGUGACUCAUACCUGCUGCUGAAAUCAUUUGAGGCACCAAAGAAUUAAAUGAAAUAUUGUGGAAGGAAAAAAUAAUGAUGUAAUAAUGGGGCAGUUUAAACCCUUUAAUUAGUAAAUUAUAUUACAACUAUGGAUUUACUCA